GCAGAAGGACGGUGGUUCGAAUCUCUGCAUCCAAUAUGGUCCCCUGUGCCUGCCAGGAGCGACUUCUGAGCAUAGAGCCAGGAGUAACCCCUGAGUGCUGCCGGGUGUGACCCAAAAACCAAAAGAAAAAAAAUUAGGUAAAUGUGUUUAACCAGCUGUGGAGUAGUGUAUUGUAUAUAUACUUCUGCCUUGCAGGCUGGUUGUUCCCAGCUGCCCUCUCCUGAUGGUGUCUCGCAUUGCACCAUUUGCCUUAGAAUUUUUUUCUUGUUUUCCUUGUCUGAAAAUGGUGGGUCUUACAGAGCAAAAAUACAGUAAGUUUUUGUCUCCGUGGCUUGAUAUGAACUCUUAUCUAGAACACGCUAUUUGUUACAGCAGGUACAGCUUGCUGCCACGAGCACGUGCACGCACACACAUUUCUGUAGAUAUGAGAGCUCCUGUAAGCCUGGACUCUAGCAUGAUCCCCCUGGUCCUUACUGCUCUCUUCCUCCCUCUUCCUCAAGAACCGGAGGAAGAGAUCAUUGCCGAGGAUUAUGACGACGAUCCUGUGGACUAUGAGGCCACUCGGUUAGAGGGCCUGCCACCAAGCUGGUACAAGGUGUUUGAUCCUUCCUGCGGGCUCCCUUACUACUGGAAUGUGGACACAGACCUCGUGUCUUGGCUCUCCCCUCAUGACCCCAACUCCAUCGUUACCAAAUCUGCCAAGAAGCUCAGGAGCAAUAAUGCAGAUGUGGAAGAGAAGUCGGAGCGGAGCCACGAGAAGUUGGAGAGAAGCCAUGAGAAGUUGGAGCGGGCCCAGGAGAAAGUGGAACGGGGCCAUGAGAAGGCCGAGCGGGGCCAUGAGAAGACUGAGAGAGAACGAGAGCGGGGUUAUGAUAAGGUAGACCGCGAGCGAGACCGAGACCGUGAGCGAGACCGGGAUCGCGAGCGAGACCGGGAACAACGUGACCGCGACCGAGAACGGGAUCGUGAGCGCACCUAUGACAAAUCAGAGCGGGAUGACGUCAAGGAAAGGCGUCACCAUCGGCGGGAGGAGCUAGCUCCCUACCCCAAAAGCAAAAAGGCAAGCCGGAAGGAUGAAGAGUUAGACCCAAUGGACCCCAGCUCAUACUCAGACGCACCCCGGGGUACCUGGUCAACGGGACUGCCCAAGCGGAAUGAGGCCAAGACAGGUGCCGACACAACUGCAGCCGGGCCCCUGUUUCAGCAGCGCCCCUACCCAUCCCCAGGGGCUGUACUUCGGGCAAACGCAGAGGCUUCCCGCACCAAGCAGCAAGACUGAGUCUCUCCACCACCCACUCAGCCAGCCCCACUCCAGAUUUAAUUUUUUUAUUUUUUUGCUUUUUGGGUCAC